AUGAGCGAAGGUAAUGUAUUGCGAGAAAAUCUCAUCAUUGCAACCACUUCCAAAGAAGGUCAUGCAAACAGUGAAGCAGAUAGCGGUGGUGAAAUGGAUUAUGUAGAAGAUGAUAUCGCACUGGAUCCUAAACAUUUGAAUCGCGUACAUGAAGAGCUGGAAAAGUUAAACAUUGCAACUGAUGUUAUCAACAAACUGGAAAUGCAGUUAGAUGCGGCUAGAACAAAAUUUAGGGAAAUACAAACAACAUGGUCUCAGAAGCUAAAUGAUCUGAGUAAAAAAUAUGGAUCAGCAAUUGCGAAGGGACGUCCGUACUAUGAGGCGAAAUUAGAGGAACGGCGUUUAAGGGAAGAGGCUCAAAAUGCAGCAAUUCGUUUCGAACGUGCGAACUCGAUGCAUGCAGUCGCCAAACAGCAGGUCAAAUUAACCCAAGACAGCCUAAAUCGACAAAAAACAAUUGAGCCGGAAUGCUUAGAGGUGCUUAAUCAUCAUAUACAGCGAGUAAAUGAAGCAGAAAAAGAACGUAUAGCUGCUGAGGAAGCUCACCGUGCUAUAUCAGUAAAAAUGGCAGAAUGUUCAGCACGGAUUGCAACAAUGCAGAAAGAGAAUGGCCGUGCGAUUAAAAAGAGUCGUCACUAUUUUGAACAGCGUGUUCAGUUUGCAAAGGUCCUGGAAAAUCAGAAACGUUUUAUACUGGAAUUGGAGACCGAGGUACGUCAAAAGAAGUUUGAUUAUACAACUUCAUUAAGGAAUUUGGAACAAAUAUCUGAUUCCAUACAUGAAGAACGAAGUCUUUCUGGUAUGAGGCGUGAAGCUGGCAACAGUUCUCCAGGAAGUUUCACUGGAGAAGGGGUAAAGACAAGGAAGAAAAAUAGGAAGACAGAAUUAGAUAAAGAACAGGAGAGAAGAAGGGAAGAUCAUUGUGAGGCAGUGAAAGGCAUAAAGUCGAAGCUUGACGAAAUAACAUCUCUGGAAUGUGAUAAGACUAUAGAUCCAUCAAUAUUUGAUGAAGAGCCUACAACGUCAGCGUCAGAAGGACGGGAGUCUCGGUCUGGAAAUCUAGGUUCAGGUGUUAUCUUGCUUGCUCAGCAUCUUAUUGGGAACUGCGAUAAGAAAAAGGAAGCGAAAGAUUUUAUCAUAAGUUCGGAGCUCUCGGAUUUCCGAUAUCGAACUGAACUUCCUGAUGGAGUUGGAGUUUCUGGUACUCUUAGCUCGCCUGAAGCUAGUGAUAGCGAAAGCUCUUUAGCUAGUAGUCGGACUGGUGCAACAAACACUACUGAAAACCUCUCUGAAAUGUUACGUAGUCACUCAAUGCUCAUUGAGGAUAUUGAUGAGUGCACUCAACGGACUGAAUCCCUGUUGCGGAGUAUCAGCGAUGUUGAACGGGAGAGCAGUAGUGGUGAUAGUUUCCUAUACUAA